AUUGGAGCUAAUAUUCUACUGUGUAUAGGAUCAUGUAUACUAGGAUGUAUCAGUAAUUUCUAUUAUGAUCACAAACACCGCGUGUCUUUCCUAGAAACCAAAUCAUCCUUAAUAAUCAAGGUCAACAUUGAACAGGGUCAACUAGAACAGGAACGAUUGCUGCUUUCUAUACUUCCCAAACAUGUUGCUGAUGAAAUGAUACGUCAUUGGGGAUCAUUGGAUGCAGGACAGUUCCGAAAGAUUUACAUGUCAAGACAUGAGGAUGUGAGUAUAUUGUUUGCUGAUAUUGUUGGGUUUACUGCCAUCUCGUCAUCCUGUACAGCUCCAGAAUUGGUGAAAAUAUUAAAUGAGUUGUUUGCUAACUUUGAUCGAUUAUCAAAUACUUUCCGUCAAGCAAGAAUAAAAAUAUUAGGAGAUUGUUACUACUGUGUAUGUGGAGCGUCAGAACCACGAACAGACCACGCAGUACUUGCAAUACACAUGGGAUUGGCUAUGGUCGACAUCAUUAAAGAUGUGGCUGAGAAGAAGGAAAAAGACGUCAACAUGAGAGUUGGAAUACAUACAGGUGCUGUACUGGCUGGGGUUCUGGGACAAAAACAAUGGCAGUUUGAUGUACUGGGAAAAGAGGUAACAAUAGCUAAUAAAAUGGAAAGCUCUGGAGUUCCUGGACGGGUGCAUAUUUCUCAUAAGACGAAGAAUUUCUUAACAGACGAGUUUGAACUGGAGCCGGGCAAUGGACAAGAUCGAGAUGAUGUUUUAAGAAUGAACAAUAUAGUCACUUAUUUAGUUAAAGGUGUCUUAAAACCGCAAAUAAAAAAACAACUUUCCGUCCUUAAAAAUCGGAAUGCCCCUUUAAGUUCAUGUAGAAAUAUAAUCUUGUACCAUCUAAACUUGAAAGAGGAUAAUAAUGUUAGAAAUAGUGUUACAUCUGGCAGAAAGGUAAUUUAUCAUUUAAAUAUCAGCUCAACUCGAAGAGAUUCCUUUCAAUGUCGACUCAAACUAUUCAAGAUACAAUUUCUGCUGGGUGGUCCAAUUUCCAUGGAUGAAGUAGAAUUUUAUAAGAGACUAGAGGACACUUUAUCAAGUCGUAAUGAAAAGAAGAGCUUGAGUCAAAGACGAAGUGUCUAUAUGUCAAUUUGGAGUCUAUGGUUCACGGAACCGGGCGUAGAAGAAAUGUAUCGUAAAAGCCAAGAACCAUUAUGCGGGUGUGGAAUGGUCGGAUUAUGUUGUACACUCACAUCAACGUUUCUGGCCAAGAUUUGUGUCCUGCCAAGAUCUCUACUAGUUAUAUUGGUAUAUUUUGUUGGUGUGACAUUACUAGCAGUCAUGACCAUUUUUACCUGGCCACAAACCAAUAAGGUCAGGGUCAGAAGAUUCGGUUCGUGGUUAAAUGGUUCCAGAAUAACACGGAUAUUAUCUUCUUUGUUAUGUGUAUUGGUAUUAUUCGUUGCCGAUACCACAGGAAUUGUAAGUAUUACCUCACCUACUUAUAACGUUUCUGGAAAAUAUCUGGAUCCAGAGGAUCCUCAUUGCCACUUUCCACCAUAUUUUGUAUGUUCCAUAUGCUUAGUAUUACUGGCUGUGUCGUGUAUUAUGGAAUUUGGAUAUUUGAUGAUCUACCUCUUGUCAAUGUGUUUUAGUAUCUUUAUCUGUAUCACCACCAAUACUGUACUUCAUGAUUUGUUUGACAAUUAUGACAUAAAUGUAUCACCAAGGUAUGUUACCAUAUUAUUCUUGAUACCAAUACUGUUCUGGUGUACCUUAGCUUUAAAUAUUCCAUCCAAGUAUUAUUUAUGUGGCAUAUUAUUUACAGUUUCUGUCACCAUUUUGCUGAUUUCAAGAUACUUGGACAGAACCUAUCGAAGAUUAUUUUUCUGGAAAUAUGAAACAACGAAACAGAAGAAACAAGUAUAUGAGCUUAGAAGAAAAAACGAAGCCUUGAUUUAUAAUAUAUUGCCAGCUCAUGUUGCUCGAGAUUUUAUAGGGAGAUAUAGGCGAGAUGAUGAGUUAUAUAGUCAUUCAUACAGUCAUAUUGGCGUGAUGUUUGCAGCUUGUCCUAAUUUCAAUGAUUUUUACAACGAAAGUUCUGUAAAUAAUAAUGGUUUAGAAUGUUUGAGAUUUUUAAAUGAAAUAAUUUCUGAUUAUGACGAGCUGUUAGAACAACCAAGGUUCUCCUGUGUAUGUAAAAUAAAGACAGUUGGUCCAACUUAUAUGGCAGCUAGUGGAAUGACUGUUAACCUCCAUGACGAAGUAAGAUGUAUUUUUUUAUUCCAGAAUAUUGACGAGAAGGAAAAGUGGAACCAUUUAGACAAAUUGGUACAGUUUGCCUUUCUCAUGUUCGACACGUUAAAGAAAAUAAAUGAACAGUCUUUCAAUAACUUUAUCUUGCGUAUAGGAAUAAAUCAUGGCCCCAUUGUAGCGGGUGUUAUUGGAGCUAGAAAACCUCAUUACGAUAUUUGGGGUAACACUGUCAAUGUUGCUAGCCGUAUGGAAUCCACCGGACAUGUCUCGAAAAUACAGGUUGUAGAAGAGACGAAAAAUAUAUUGGAGAUGUUUGGAUAUACUUUUGAAAAGAGAGGUUAUGUUUUUGUGAAAGGCAAAGGAGAUCUAGUAACAUAUUUCAUUAAAGAACAUAUUCCAGUAACCGUCAUGCCUCAUCAGGUUAUAUGA